AUGGAAAGACAUGGAAAAAGAACAAGAGAAAGAUUAGGAAUUUUACUUGAUGAAAGAUAUAAAAAUCGAGAAAAAGAAAAUGAAAUAAAAUUAUUUGAAAAUAUAAAAACAGAUAUUAGUAUAAUAAUAAGUGAACAAUUAAAAAAAAGAUCUAAAAGUGAGUUUGAAUUAACAAAUAUUGAAAAGAAAUAUAUUUAUUUAAAAUAUAUGACAGAGGAAUUAGAAAAGUUAAUAAAAUUUGAAGAUAAUGAAUUAAAAAAUGAAGAGGAAAUAAUAAAAAACUAUUUUGAAUAUACAAGUACAAAUUUAAAUUAUAUAUUUAUAAAAUAUAAAAGUAUAGUAACAGAUUUAUCUGAUCAAAAUAUGAAUAUGAAGUUAAAAUUAAAAGAAGUUAAAGAAAAUGAAAUAAAUGAAUUUCGAGAAUAUUAUGAGAUGAUAAAAAAUAAGAAUGAAAAAUUAAAAAAAGAUAAAAAUAAUAUUAUUGAUAUUAAAAAUAAAUUAUGUGAUUUAAAAAAAGAAUAUAUAUAUCUUAUAGAAAAUAUUAAAAUAAAAAAUGAAGAAAAAGAAAAUAUUGAAAAAAAAUAUAAAGAGCUACUACGAAAUAUAGAACAAUAUAAAAAAGAAUUUGAAAAUAUAAAAGAAUGUUGUAAUUUAAAAAUGAGUGAAAAAAAAGAAACGUCUAUAAAUUUAAAUAUAAUAGAAAAAGACAUAAACGAUGUAAAUAACGAAAUUGAUAAAUUGUUAGUAGAAAAAAAAAAAAUUACAAAUGAAUUAUCUGUUUUAGAACAAGAUAAUAAUAAUAUUUUUAAAAAAUUAUUUGAUUUGAAUUCAAAUAUAAAUGAAAAAAAUAAUAAAUUAUCUGAUGAAAUUUGUGAAAUUGAAAAUAAAAUAAAUCAAGUAAAAAAUAAAAAAGAAAUAAAUGAAAAUAAUUACACACAACUUGAAUUAAAAUUAAAAGAAAUUACAAAAACAUGUGAUAAUAAAAAAAAAGAAGAUGAAGAAAUUUCAGAAAUUGUGAAAGAAGUAAGUGAGAGAUUAAUAAAUAAUAUAAACAUUUUUAAAGAAAAAGAAAAGGAAUCAAUUAAUUAUCAAAAUGAAUAUAAUAUAAUAAAAGAAAAUAAUUUAGACAAAAUAAAUAAAAUAAAUUUAUUAAAUAAAAAGAUAGAAAAUGGAGAUGUGUCUAUAAAUAAUUAUAAAUGUAAUAUUGAAAAUUUAAAAACAGAAUUAAUAAAUAUAGAUGAAAUUAAAGAAAAAAAUGAAAAAAAAAAAUCUGAACUUUUAAAUUUAAUAGAAAUAUCAGAAAGAUUAUUACAAGAUGAAAAAAAUAACUUUUUUAAGAUCUCAAAAUUUUUUAAUUUAAUAUCAAUAUCAAAUGAUGAAUAUAUAAAAAUUCAAAAUAAACAAAAAAAUAAAUGUUAUGAUAAUAGUGUAAUAAAUAAAUAUAAAGAGUUAGAAGAUAAUUUAAAAACAUUAUGUAAAGAAAUAAAUGAGAAAAAAAAUUUAAUUAAUAAUGUUAUUCAAAAUGAUAUAAAUAAUAUUAAAAAGACAUUUGAAAAUUUUGAAAUAAAUUUAAAUUCUUUUAAAGAAAAAAAUCAAAAUAUUAAUGACAAACUUGAAAUAUUAUUAAAUAAAUAUAAAGAUUAUGAACAUGAAUUAGAUAUAAAUGAUACAAAUUAUGAAAACAAAAUAAAAGAAAUAUCUUCUGAUUUAAAUAUAAAAUAUGAACAACUUACAGAAACUUUAGCUAGCCAAUUAAAAACAAAACAUAUAGAACACAAUAAAUUUUUAAAACAAGGAGAAAAGGAAAAGCUCGAAUUUAAUUUCCAGUUAUAUAAAUCUGAAAUUAUUUUGCAAUUAGAAAAAGAAAAGGAAGAAAAAAAAAACAAAAUUGAAGAAAUUCGUAAAGAGUUAAGAAUGUAUCAGCAAAAAUAUGCGUCGUUAAAACGGGUCUGA